AUGAGGACCCUCAUCCUGCUCAGCAUCCUGACCCUGCUCGCCCUGGGGCUCUGCCGCAGGGCUGUGGACACGUCCGUCAGCGCCAAUGACUCGCCGAGCUCUGAAGGUGAGUAUCUGCAGCCGGAUUUUUUCCCCGCUGCCCCCCGGGAUGAGGGGAUGUGGCUGUUCUUGACCCCCUCCUCUGUCCCCGCAGCCUUCGUCUCCAAACGCGCCAGCGCGGAGGUGGCACGGAGACACAAGAGGAAUUACAUCUAUGACAGCAGCGUCUCCGGUGCCGUACGGGACCCGCUGGAGGCCAAGCGUGAGGUGUGCGAGCUCAGCCCCGACUGUGACGAACUCGCCGACCACAUCGGCUUCCAGGAGGCGUAUCGGCGCUUCUAUGGCCCCGUCUAAACCCCCCCCUUGAACCCCUGGAUCCGCUCUGGAGCUGAGCUCAGAGCACGCACCCCCCUCCCCAACCGCGGUUCACCCUGCUGGCUGUUAACCCUGGGAAGAA